UUUACUAUCAAGCAGGUUUUGAAUUUUAAUCAUGGCAAUUAGCAAUAUUUAAGGUGACAGAAACUACACAGGUUUAACACCAGGGAAGCCCCUCUGCUUUCUCUCUGUGUGCCGUGGAAGGUUUGCUGGAGAAAGUGCACAAGCAAGUAGUAAACAGAGAGCAGACAGCUGGACGUGUGCUGUGCUCUGCAGUGUUUCCGCACCUGUGAACGCGCAGCACCCUCUCUGUGCACCCUGCGAUGCCGGUUAUUGCCAGAGUUCAGCGGCACCAGCUCGUGAGGCUUCACGGUUCUCUGAAAUCUCGGUGCUCUGAGGUGGUGUGGAACUUGGAGUUUGAAGCCAGCUCUUCCUGAGACCAAAAGACUGAGGGCCCAUUGACUGGUGACGUGGUACCUUGGACCAGGACAUUCUGCGUCCGAGUGAACGCCUGAGCCGGGGCCACCAUGAGCGGGCACCUCGAUGGCUUUGGGGGUCAGGAGAGCACAAGUGCCAGCCACACGGGAGGCGACAACACGGGACAGCGACAAGGUCACUACCGCCACAUGGACACCAGCCAUGGUCCAUGCUCCUCACAAACCCCGCCAAGGAGAGAACCCCACUUUGGGCCAGCUGGGGCUGAACACGGACACCACCCUGGAUGCGAGGGACCCGGGAGCGCUCACUGGCCACACAGCCUCUGCGGGCAGGAAGGACUCCCAAGAUGGGGAGCAGGAUGCUGCGAUGAGAACACGCUCAUCCACCAUGACCGACGUGGAGGCCACGGCCACCAGCUUCACCUCGUCGUCGAGGACCGGCCGCCGCAACGCCCUGCCGGACAUCCGGAGUUCCGGUGCUUCCAGCGAGGCCCUCGAGCUGCCAGAGCAACUGCAGACGCUCUCUGUAAAGGAAGAGGUACAACAGAAGAAUAAAGAAACAACACAAGACCAACUGGAAAGUCCCAAAGAAGAAAAAUGAAGUCUCCUAGUUUACCGGGCGUGUGCGUUUAUUUAUGCACAUCUCAGGACUCGGGCUAUGUCUCACAGGAGGAGUGGCAGGUGGUAACCAUGGUAAUGUGUAUAGAUUCUGUGAUUUCAUUGUGACAGCCUUUGCUUGAACUGAAACCACUGUGACUGAUGUAGGCUAUUAAGAGGCAAGUUACAUCCAAAUGGCACCCAAGAAAAAAGUUAGAAUGUGUGGUCACUUAAAUACAUAGUAUUGUCUGUAAUCCCCCAGCUCUGCUGUUCUCUUUUGGAUUUAUUUAGCCAGCUAUGUGUUUAAUUCUACAUUUAAAUGAUGAUGGGAAAAAUGUUAAAAAUCUCCAUUUAAAUUUUAGAAUUUGUAAGAAAUAUAUUUUUGAUGAAAAGAAAAAAUAAUAGAACAGUCAAAAUUACAUUGAUGCAGUGUAUUUAUUUUUAAUCAGUAUUGCUCUAGAUUUUUUCCAAACCUUAAAAAAUAUUUGAGCCAGGUGUGGUGACACAUGCCUGUAAUACCAGCACUCCGGAGGCUAAGGCAAGAGGAUUGCCUUGAGUUCAAGGCCAACCUGGGCUACAUAGGGAGACCCUGUCUCGAAAAAGAAAAAGUAUAAAAGUUCAGCCACAUAGACAUCUCUAGGAUGUUUUUGUGUGAUAUAUUUACUUCUAGUCUGUGUGUACUGUGAUUUUUCAUGUAGACCUUUGGAAUGUAAUAUUUGUGACACACUCUUUAUAUGGAACAUGCCUAUUAAAUGAAUUUCACUAUCUUCCUUAACUACUUUAGUGUGUAUGUUUAUAUUUUAUUUUAAUGUGAAUUAUCCAAAACAAUUUUCUAAUUGCUUCAGUGUCUUUUCUCAUUCUUUGUGAAUGUAUGAAUUGUUUCUAAAGUAAUUUCCUAGGAAUGCAAACCAUAAAUUUUAAGUUUUUCCUAGAGUCACUAACAUAGCAGUAAACACUUAAGAUUUUGGUCAACAAUGUAUUCCCAAGGAGAAAAAUACUUAUUUUUAAUAUAUGUGUAAGAAUAUAUUUUUAAAGGACUAAAAACAAAAUCAAAGCUUUAGAGAAUUUUGAUUUAUUGAAAAUUUUAGGAAAAUACUAGAAUUCUGAAUUUUUAAAAAUAUGAAUGAUGAUUUUUCACUCUCAGACAUAUGCAUGCAGCUUUUUUGUUUGACUGUUGGUUUAGGCCACAUCUGUACACAUUAAUCAAAUAAACCCAUUAAAGAAGUUGUUUGCUAA